AUGUGCAAGCACAAGCAAACGGAAAUGUUCAAGCUGCACCAGUGCAUACAAUGGCGACUGUUCCAGCUAACGCAAUCAAUGGGACAUCAGGGUCCUCGCGAAUACAAAUGCAAUCACAAGCGCAACCCUCUCCCCAUACACACCCCGGAGUGGAAACAGUAUAUCAACCACCACACUUGUAUACCCAGCAAGUGUAUAUGCCUCAGUAUGGAUCAGCUCCGCAAUUUCGUGCUCAAAGCCCCACAGGCCAGGCUGCAAAAGAGACUGAAAGGCAACCCAAAAGACCGUCGCCCAUUCCGCCAUAUAUGGCCAAGCGUGCAAUGGGUGAUACGUCGUUCGAUCAUUUCUCUACUUGGACACGCGAGCAUGCACAGUGCAUUUUUGCAGCCGCCGUUGCCAACCCGCGCACUGCUACGAUGGCCAUUCAGAACGCACUUCGCAAUACUUUUGGCGUCAUGA